CUGACAGAAAGAGAGAACGAGAAAGGGAGCGAGUGUGAGAGAGAGACAGAGAGGAGAGAGAGAGAAGGAGAGUCCAAAAAAGGACUGAAGUCAGAUCAAGAACCACAGCAGGCUUUACAGACACUGUAUAAAGAAAAAAAGGGGGAGAGCAAGAGGGGUACAACCAGCAGGCCAGGAAGGGUGGAAGGAAGAGGAGAAAGAGAGAGAGAGAGAGGCAAACAAGAAGCAGCUAAAGGCAGCAGGAAGCGUGGAGGGAAACCCUGACUCUGGAGAGCGGCAGGUUUUGGGGUGUCCAUGCUGAGCACGACCGGGGGUUCACCAUGUCCGCAGGCUGUGGCCCAGGAGAGCCAAAGGUGCUGGGGGGGGCGAUGGGGGUGCAGAGCUUGCUGGACCUGCUGCUGGGUGUGUACCAGGAAUUUCAGUCUUCAUCCCUGGGGAGGGAGAAGCACGUGCGGGCCUUCCUGCAGUGGGCUGAGCCCCUGGUGACAAAAGUGAAGACAACCUGCAUCCAGAGGGCAGACUUUGACAUCCUCAGGGUGAUCGGCAGAGGAACCUUCAGCGAGGUUGCCGUGGCGCGCCUGCGCAGAACGCAGCAGGUGUAUGCUUUGAAGAUCAUGAACAAGUGGGAGAUUCUGAAUCGCACAGAGACAGCAUGCUACCUGGAAGAGAGGGAGGUCCUAGUCAGGGGGGACCGGCGCUGGAUCACUGCGCUGCAUUACGCCUUCCAGGAUGACAACUACCUGUACCUCGCGAUGGACUACUGUGUGGGUGGUGAUCUUCUCACUCUCCUUGGGAAAUUUGGGGACCACAUUCCCGAGGAAAUGGCCCAGUUCUACCUGGCAGAGACUGUGAUGGCCAUCGAUUCUGUCCACAAACUGGGCUAUGUGCACAGAGACAUUAAGCCUGACAACAUCCUAUUGACUGCAGAUGGCCACAUAAAGUUGGGGGACUUCGGCUCCUGUUUGAGGCUCCAGGAGGAUGGCAUGGUGCAUUCCUCCCUGGCAGUGGGGACCCCGGACUACCUCUCCCCAGAGAUCCUCCGGGCGCUGGAGAGUAGGGAGGGGUACGGCCCCGAGUGUGACUGGUGGGCCCUGGGGGUCUGUGCCUUUGAGAUGCUGUUUGGCAGCACGCCAUUCUACGCCGAGUCCCUGCCUGAGACCUACGCCAAAAUCCUCCACUUCCAAGUCAGGCUCUUAUCUAUGCAUCAUUUCCCAUGCAGCAUAUUGGAGCACUUUGAGUUUCCGCCAUUGGCUGCUGUGGUGUCAGCUGAGGGCCGCUCCCUCAUCCGUGGGCUGAUCUGCGAGCCGCAGGAGCGCCUGGGAGCAGGGGGGGCCCUGGACUUCUGGGGCCAUCCCUUCUUUAGUGGUGUGCACUGGGCCUCCCUACACCACUGCACACCCCCUUACCAGCCUACGGUCUCCAACGCCACUGACACUUCCAACUUUGAUGUGGUGGACGACUGCCUCAGCAAAAUGGAGGCUCUGAGUGGAGUGGGGGGCAGCCAGCCUGCGGGGGCUCACCUGGCCUUCGUGGGAUACUCAUACAUGGCCACUGGGGAGACCAAGGACCACAGCUGCGACACCGUGACGAGUGCGGACAAGCAGUGGAGCAGGGGCAGUGAGGGUCUCAUUCGGGACAACCUGGCAUGGCAGCUCACAGAAAGCGUAUCAGAGGAGCUGCCGAAACCGUUUGAGCACCAUCUAGUGUUGAGUAAGGGCCCUGCAGGUCAUGUGCAUGGUGACGACACUGACCUGGAUGCUGCAAUGACUAUGGAGCUUCACAGACAGCUGCAGGAAGCAGAGCAGAGGAAAAGGGGGCUGGAGGAGGAGAUCAGGCAGCUACAAGGGGAGCUAGAGAGCCUAAAAGCCAGAAGGCUGACAGAGCUCAAUAUCCAUGAGCCAAACCUCUUCCUGCCUGCCCACCACCUGGAUGCUACAGGGGAUGGGAAGCUGGCGCCCCCUGGCUGCCAUUAUCCACUGGUCAUCCGUCUGCACAGACACCUGCUUCUGUUUCACAGGGUGUGGAGGCCAGGGGUGACCGGUGAGAGCUACCUGCUUGUGUGUGCAGCAGGGGUGGAGCUGCAGGCCUGGAGCCGCCAGCAGAGUGCGGAGCUGUCCUGAGUCCCCAGUGGCCUUCCCAGGCACCCCGUCCAUCAUGGCCCUGCCAUCAGCUGUGAAGUCCGCCCCCCCUUCCUCUAAGUUGAAAUGGCCGACUACCUCACUAUGCCCCUCCCAGAUAUCAGGAACAGACACUGGGGCCAGCAGGAAAGCCACAUCACUCGACCGAGAGUAGGAGCAGAUCCUGAAGAUUUAUGUAUGUAUUAUUAAAAAAACGCCCCCUGGGGGCAGACUGGUGCAUUUCCAUCCACUCCUGUCUGCAGAAACGAGAUCACGCAGCACAGGUCACACCACAGUGGACUAUAAUCAACUGACAAACUCAGGUCUCUGGAGCACAUACCACCUCACACCCCUUAUAAAUACUAUGUAGGCCUACAUAGGAUGCAUACUCUGAAUUUCAAAAUUUGCCAGCUCAUUACACAGUUCAUUUACUGUCUCUUAAUUCAUAUAAAAAAAAAAAAAGAAUUUUCAGAAGGGUCAGUAGUGCAGAUGGACGAGACCUAAACUGCAAUAAAAACAUCCAGAAGAUUGUUGCUGCAAAGUAAAGACAUGUAAACUUUAUGUGAGUGAACAACAGAAGGAUUCCUUCCUGGAAGUUGAAGUAUUUGAUACACAUCUACUUGUUUGACAGCAGAGCCUACCGCUGAUGACUAAGAUCUCAGGCAUGUUCAUUCCCUGCGCGUUCAGUCAGGAUAACCGGCACUAACCAGGGCUUCUGUGGACUUUCUGGUAUAACGAGAAAGUCCCAUUAGCCUAGCUGUUAGCAGUGAGCACGGAAAAUGCAUUUCUAAUGAAAACCUAAGGGGGGCAGUAUUCCCACAUGCCUCAAAACAAAGGGGGCUCACUGUAGUAACUAACUAGCCAGAGAGAGAAACACCCAGGACUGUUGCUAUACAUAAAGUUCUACUGGGGCACAGGACCCCCCCAUUACUCAAAUCAUGCCUUUUUUUUCUCGAACGCCAGCCUCCUGUAUGAAAUGUGCUAUAUAAUGUGUCAUGUGAACCUGCCUCACUUAGCCCAUUAUUACUGCCACUGCCAAACUGAUGUCCAUCUACUGGAACAAAUAUGUUCGAGUCAAAUCAAAAUCAAAAGAUGAUCGGUAUAUUUUAAAAUUUAUUGCAUCCUGUCGUGUUAUUCCUCAGUCCUGAUUCUCAUUUUGCAUGCAGAUACACGGAUUGCUGCAUACGCACCAUGUGCACCGGCUAAUACACGCACACUGCUGUGCAUGCAGAGUAAUGUGCACGUCACGUGCGCCAGCUAUUACAUGCACACUGCUGUGCAGGGACAUUAAUGUGUGUCUCGUGGUGUACGGACCUGGACCGCAAGCUGCGUGCCUCAGCUUGUAUUCUGAGUUAAAUUGCAUUGUUUCGAUAUUGUGGAUUAGUAAAAAAUCCAUUCUUUUCCCAAUUUUUUACUGGGCCACAUUAGAUCAAUACUGGGGUACAGGGCCCAGUAAAGAGGUCUAGCAACGGCCAUGAAGCAUAUCCUGCAUAUCCUGAGAAAAGUACAAUUACACAAGUCUGUUAUCAAUAUGGUGAUGAAUAAUCACUUAUUGGAUGUUGGAAUAAAAUUUCUAAAAAAUUA